AUGCACACAUCAAGGCCGUUGCGCCAGGCCUGGACGCGAACGAAGCACAGAGAGGCCGUCGUGACAGCGACACUCGGCUUGCCGCCCUUCUUUCUCUGCCCGGCACUUGGAGGCUUCGUUGCGACAGCCGAAGCCAGACCCCUACAACGACGACAACAUGGCUCGACAGCGGUUUCCAAACCUUUGAUCUCGGCCCAGACGAGGCACAUGCACGCUGAAGCUGCGGCUUCCAACGCGCCGCCUUUUCCUGACGCCGAGGAAACGGCACCAGCAGCGAGGCUCCCUAACCAGUGUCCAGGCUGUGGUGCCCUUUCGCAGACGUCGAUUCCGGACCAGCCCGGGUUCUUCAACAUAGGGAAGAGGAAAUCUCUGCAGAGAGCUCUGGGCCUGAUCAAAGCCGAGCCGCGCGUUCGUGCAGACGAUGGGGUGAUCAGCCAAGCGCUGGGGCAUCUCGAUGAGGGUCAGUUGCAACGGCUGGGCCUGGAUCCGCAUUUGAUACUCGGUCAACCCACGGCGACGGCCUCGAGCAUUGAAGGAUUUGGCAAUGCUGGCGACGCGCCGCUUCUGUGCGACCGGUGCCACGAGUUGGUCCACCACAGUGCCGGCACCUCGGCUCAUUUCCCCACGAUCGAUGCUAUACGGGACACGAUCGAGGAGUCGCCAUACAAAUACAAUCAUGUCUACCACGUUCUCGAUGCUGCCGACUUUCCGAUGUCACUCUUGCCCCGGAUCCGGGAGUUGCUGGAUCUGAUGCCUCUUCGCUCUCGCAACCGGCGCGCAAAGUCUGGCAAGUUCUACGGUGACCAGAAGAGGGAGCUCAGCUUCAUCAUCACGAGAUCGGAUCUCCUUGCGCCGCGGAGGGAACAGGUGGAUAGGCUCAUGCCCUGGAUCACGGACACCUUGCGCGAUGCCCUCGGUCGAGCCGGCCGGAAGGCAAGGUUGGGCAACAUCCACUGCGUCAGCGCCAAGAGGAGUUGGUGGACAAAGGAGCUCAAGGAAGAUAUCUGGAAGCGUGGCGGGGCCACCUGGAUGGUGGGGAAGGCGAACGUGGGGAAGAGCUACCUGUUCCAACACAUCUUCCCCAAGGGCCGGAUGAACUGGCAGGCCCCGGCGCACCAGAUCGAGAUCCCCGUCUCGCCGCGGCCUGCGCGCAAUGAUCAGUUCGACGGGCUCGAGGAGACUACCCUGCUCCCCCCUCCCCAGCCCGAGACCGAGUAUCCGCAGAUGCCGGUGGUUUCGUCCCUUCCCGGAACCACCGCAUCACCUAUCAGGAUACCCUUUGGCAAAGGAAGGGGUGAAUUGAUUGAUCUGCCCGGCCUAUUCAGAAGCAGCAUCGUCGAUUAUGUUGAGCCUGCUCACUCAGACGACAUCAUCAUGAAGUCUCGUAUCCAGCCAGAGCAGCACAGCCUGAAGCCAGGGCAAUCCAUUCUACUGGGUGGUUUCAUCCGCAUCACUCCUCGAACCCCGAACCUCACUUUCCUGGCCUACAACUUCACACCUCUGAAGGAACACAAGACGGCUACAGACAAGGCCAUCGAGAUCCAGGCUCAGACUAGCGAGCUCAACGUCGAGAGCAUUGCCAGACAAGGCACAGGAGCCACAAUCAAGUCAGCCGGCAUCUUCAAACUCAAGUACGACGUGACCAAAGAGCGUGCCGGGCCUAUCACCAGACGCGAUGCUGUCAAUAUCAAGGUCGAGAAUCUCCCGUAUCGUGUUGUCGCCAUCGACAUCCUCAUCGAAGGCUGUGGCUGGGUCGAAGUUGUGGCGCAGGUCAGGGCGAGGGAUCUGUUCAAGCCGCCACCGAAACCUGUGGAUGAGCUUCCCCGGGAAGAGGUCCUUCAAACCUUGGAUCUGUCCGAGCCUCCGGCAGACGAACAAGAAGAUGCGAAAGGGUCGCACAACAUGACUCCUGAUAGCGACAGCGAGCCCAACUGGCCCGUGGUCGAAGUGUUCACACCGGAAGGGAAGUUUGUGGGUUCUCGACGGCCGCUCAACGCAUGGCUCAAGUGCCAACCGAAGAGGUCGACCAUCUCGCGAGGUCGCCCUCGGAAGAGCAUGAAGGGGGCGAAGAAGCAGGCCAAGAGGCGAGCGAGAGCCGCAACUCUUGCGCCACCAGAGGCCGCUCACAAAGGCCCCAAGAGGCACCCUACCACAAAAUCGCUGCAUAUAUUCUUGAGCCCCGAGACUCCUCUUCCCAUCACACCUGGUGCCAUCCCUCACGACCAGCCCAGAAUGGCCUCUCUCUCGCAGCGCCAGCAGCAGCGCCAGCCCGCCGCCACCGGCACCCAGACUCAGGUGGUCGAGCAGACGUCCACCACGCCCGCGACGACGGGGACACAGACCCAGGCCAUUCUGCGCCUGCGCGGCGCCCACGCAGACACGGGGCGCUCGGUCCAGUGGGCCGAGGACGUUGUCGACAACGAAGGCAUGGGGCGCAAGAGCUCCAAGGACGAGUCGAGUGAUUCGUCAGACUCAUCAUCAUCGUCCGACGACUCGAGCUCAGACUCGGACUCGGAUCCCGGCCGCAGGGACAGAGUGCCUGCCGGUGGCGGAAGGGGAGGCGGCGGCGGUAGACGGCCGGACCACGACCACGACCAUGACCAUGACCAUGAUCACGACCACGAUUGCAGUAGCCGCAGACACGACCGGAAAAGCAGGAAGAGGAGAGAUGGCGACGGUGACAACAAGGGGAGGAGGAGGAGACCAAGCCCCAACGCCUACGAAAAGGUGCCCAAGCCCAAGCCUCGUGAUGACGCUGGUGGCGGGGAUGAAGGGAAUCCCGGGCCAAGCGCGCCCAAGGCUCCCGGAGCAUGA